GCAACAUUAGUAUAAAAAAAUAGUUGCGGGCUCCACAAAAAAACCACAAAGAAUUAAAAAAAACUGCGAAUUAAGCAAAAAAAAAUAUUUUAGAUUGCGAAAUUUGAUAAUUUCCUUUCAAAACAUAUAAAGCCAUUGAUUUUUGUUCUUACAACUCAAUAACUAGUCCCGUUAUAUUCAGUCCUGUUAUAACCUGUCCAAUUUAAAGCAAACAAAAAAAAUGCCACCAAAGAAGAAAGCUGCAGCCAAUGGCUUUAUGAAUUUCACUUUUGAUUGGAAAUCUAAAUAUGGUAAAAAUUUAUCGUUACCAGCAGCCACCCAAGAAGCGGGUAAAAUAUGGGCGACAAUGAGUGCUGAAGAAAGAGCUCCCUAUAAAGAAAAGGCCAAAGAGCAGAAGAUUGUUCUCAAAUCUAAUUCAAAUGUUGAGAAAUUAACUUGUACCGGCACGCCUGUUUCAUUUAUGGAAAGAGAAAAACAUGAUCUAGAAAAUAAGGAACGCCAAAUGAAGCGUGACAUUGAAAGUACCGUCAGUCGAAGUGUUAAAAAUGAUGAACUGGAAUUAAAUUCAUACUACUUUAUAAUGGUAAACUAUUUCACUAAAACCCUUAAGGGUGGUGUGUAUGUGCCCGCUGAGCUGUCUGUUUGUGAAUAUUCUCUCAAAGAUGGUGUCAAACGCAUGUAUCAAACUCUCAUUAAUCCAGGUGUCAACAUUUAUGGCCAUCAAUAUGAGGCCCAGCAUCAUUCAGAAACCACACACAAUCUACCACUGCCACCCAAUGCUUUGGGUGAAAAGAAUUUGGGUUGCAUCUACAAUGAUGUUUUGAAUUUUAUACGUGAUGAGGAAACCGAUGACUAUCCACCCAUUUACACUCAUCGUGAUGGUAUACAUAUUGUAGAAUCGGUUUUGGAAUUUCUAAAAGCUGAUGUUGGUGCUAAUAAUAUUGAUUUGAAGAUCUAUCCCAUACAAUAUUUGUUUUUUAUCAUGAAAGAAGCCACCUGUGAAGUUGGUGAAUUGGAAAAACCUAAAAGUUUUUAUAUAACAGAUGCAUUUUUUGAACGUGAUUUCUUUGAAUAUCAAAUUGGCAUUGCUUGCCAGUACCACGAAGAGAUCGACAAAAGCAAAUACUGCACACAAUCCUUCGUUACCCGUUGGGGCUUCAUGUUCUCCGAUUAUAUGUGUCGUGACAUUGCCUUGGCCCUUAUACCGGGACGCCAUUGUCCUCAAAAUACCAAUCUACAUGCCAUAAUAACACCAGCACCCAGCACUUGUGCCGACAACACUUCAUUCAUAUCAAUGGGUACUACCUCAUCGUAUGCCACCAAGGCUGUAGCUGGCUCUAAAAUCUACUAUGAUGAUCAAAAAUCUGCCAUAUCGAAUGGUGACAAUAAAAACUAUAGCAAUAACUUUCCCGCACUGGGGGCUCGCAAAAAAGUACCAGUUGCUAAUAAUUCGGCUGCGCCAAAACACUUUAAAAAGUCUUCGGUUUCGGAUGUGGUAGUGGAUGAUGAUUGUAAAAAUAUGAAUCCCUGGACUUCACGUUCGCGCAAUGUACCCCGUGAACCGGAUACAACACAUUUCACCAUCGAUUAUACAAAAGAUGAGUCGGACUUUGAUGAUUUCAAUUCGGUGGCUAGUUUUGGACGCGGUCGCGGUUCUUAUAUUAGCUCCACCUUGAAUACUUCGAAUGCUACCACUGCUUCGGGUCGCGGACGUUUUACACAUCAAUAAUAAUCUAGAAAAUAAGUUAAACAAGCCUGUUUCAAUGUACAAAAUCAAUUUGUCAUUUUUCGUUAUUGAACAGGAUCGCUUUUAAAGUGUGACAACUCUUUAUUUGAUUUAAAUUUUUUUUUAAAUAAUUUUUUUUUAUUGUUAAUUGGUAAGUUUUUUAGUGCUUGAAAAGUGUUUUUUUUUUAGAUUUUUCUUUAUAGUUUUUAGUUCUUUUUCAAAAAUCAUAAUCUUGUUAGACAGGACGUUAAACGGGAGUUAUUAAUAAUAAAAAAAAAACUUUAUAUAUUGACACAAUCAAA